GAUAACCUAGUAGUGUCAGCUCUGGUAACAGGUGCCUGAUUUCCGGUUGAGGCGGUUUCCAGGCAAAUUCAUCAAACUGAUGAUAUUUUGGGUGGAAAUUGAAAUGAAAUUAGAUAGAUUGAAGUUAACGAGAAUGUGUAAUUAGAGAGGUACAAGUCGUGACAUCAUCAUCCUUCCAUAUGAGCAGAUCUCCGAAACACACCGAAAAUGUGUACAUUUACAGACGGUACGAAGACGUGGCACUAGUCAUAUUUCAACAACAACAGAAAAAGAAAGAUUUAUAUUCCAAACAUGGACAACCAGGACAUUACAAACCAUACAACGAUGUACAAGUUUAUGGACAUACAUCCGAUUCAAAUUACGGAGCAACUGCGCUUCCGCCGUCUAGCUAUGAAUACGACCAUCCUGUCAAUGUAGACGUCAGAGCGAAAAGCAAAAGUCGUCAGGUGUCGAAAACAGACGUCAGUAGAGUAGAAAGUAGGAUUUGUAGUUUAAUGUGACAAUAGCAUAACCUAGGCAUUUACAUGUAGAUAAUUAAUUAAUAAAUUAAUAUCACACAUUUUAAUUAAUUACUUUAGAGAUAUUUAGCCUUUAUUUACAUAUGAUUUAGAUCUAAUUGUCUUGUGAUAUUUCAAGUUUUUAUCAAUCAGUUUAACUAUUUUGUGAAUUAUUAAUACUACAUUUUAAAUUUAAGAGAUAUAUUUUUGUUAUUGAGCUAUAAUAACUUAUAAUAUCAUUUGUAUUUUAAAUUUAAUUUUUUCCUUUAUCUAUUGUUUUGUUUUAAGAGCUUAAUUUGUAAUUAAUUUGUAUCCGUUUAUUGUUUUGUUUAAAGAGCUUGAUUUGCAAUUACAUAUCUGUCUCUUUGCAUUUAUUUUAGGAUUAGCGAUUGGCUAAGCCGACACAAUUUACAUAAUACUAAUCCCAGUCGUCAAGACUUGAUAAUAUAAGUGCUAAUUAACUAUAUACCCAAUUAAACUGUAAGCAUAGUCAUCCAAUCAAAAUCAGAUUAGAAGCCAGCUUUUCACUUGAGCCAAAAGAUCAAAAUUUGUAGCAGAAAUCUCAAAAAGUAACCUCAGCAGGCUAAGAUACAAGCUCAAAGCAAUAAAAUGGAGCUUCAUCCUAUCCUAGAAAAAGAUACUCAGCCAAAUUCAGGAUUAUGGUAUGUGUUAUCUGCCCUUGGAGAUUCUCCGACAAUGCGUGUUGGUCACACAUGCACCUACAUCAAGGGUCCAGAUGAGAGUUCGAAGGGAAGAGUCUACGUUAUUGGUGGAGCGAAUCCUAGUGGAUCUUUUGGAGACGUUUAUGUCCUUGACCUCGAAAACUUACGAUGGGACACCAUGGAUACGCCAGGAUUUAAAUCACGUUAUGAACAUGUAGCCUUCGUACCAGAAAUCCAUCCUAAUAAGAUUUACAUAUUUGGAGGAGCAGACCAGACAGGGAAUCUGAAUGAUAUUCAAGUGUUAGACAUUACAACAAACAAUUGGUCAAAUUUGACUGUUCAGGGCACCCCUCCCUCUCCUCGCACACAUCAUACCACUGCUGUGGUCGGAAAUAAAAUGGUGGUAUACAGUGGUGGCCACAGUGGUGCUGAUCCUGUUGGAGAUCGCAAAGUUCAUGUUUUUGAUGUUUCAACUUCCACCUGGUCACAACCGUCAAUUAAAGGAGAUCCACCAAAACCUAGACAUGGUCAUGUGAUGCUGUCACUAGGGAACAAAAUCUACGUUCACGGUGGAAUGGUGAACGCAACAUUUUAUGAUGAUCUUCACGUCCUGGAUUUGGCCAAAGAAAGUUGGACGAGUAUAAAAAAGAAGAAGACUAGUCCAUCUUCCCGUGCAGCUCAUGGUGGUGUUGUACAUGGAACAAACCUGUAUAUUUUUGGUGGAAUGAACAAAGAUGGCGCCCUUGAUGAUAUGUAUAAAUUAGAUACAGUUAGUAUGACAUGGAGUGAAAUAAAACUUGAUGGUCCACCGCCCUCCAGUAGGUUGGAUUUUGGGAUGUGUAUCAUAGAUAUAUACAGAUCAUCAUCAACAAACAACAACGACCAGUCAUCAUCGUCCAUUAACGAACUUCGCCAAAACACAACACAUUUAUUAGAGAAAGAUUUAGAGGUCACAGGUUCAGUUCCUACUCAAACCACAGAAGUGACAGCAGAAACGGAGACAGAAAAAUUGACAGAUUCGGUUGGAGCUUGUAAUAUAGUCGACGUGACAGAUAGUUUCACAUCUCCAGAUAAGGCAAAGAAUGUUACAACAAACGAUUCAACCACAGGAGAUGCACCCGUCACAUCACAAGCGGACAUGAAAACUUACACGCUAUGUUUAAUAAAUGGUGGUAUGGACACAGUUGGAGAAAUAUUCGAUGAUACUUUAGUUAUGUUACUGGAAUGAAAAUACUACAAUAUUCCUUACAACUGUCGAAAAUAUCCCCAAAAUUAUAAUCCCUCCCCCCUCCAAAAAAAAAAAAAAAUUUUUUUUAACAAAAGUGUAACUCAAACAAAAAGCCCAUGUCAUCAACAUGCCAAAUGCCAAAACCUAAGUCAAAUUGAAACACAUGUAACCAUUAAAUCUGAAACAUUUCUAAUUAGCAAAGUUUCAUAAAGAUAUCUUUAAUGGGUUAUUAGAUAUGCUUCGGAAAAAAACCCUGAGAAAAGACGAAAAACAUGACCCAUUUCAAUAUCCAUCCCUUAACAUUGGUCGGUGCUCGAUGGUAAAACUUAUUUUUGAUCAAAGUUUGUGCAGUAUUUUAGCAGAUUUUGAGUAGAUUUUUUUAAACUUUGUAUAACAUCUUAUAAUGGCUUGUCUAAAUGGUUAUGGUGAUUAAAAAUAGACAAAAUAAUUGAUUAGAAAAUAAUUGAUGAAAUAUAUUCAUUGAGUAAUUUAUUGAUGAAAUUGAUGAAAAUUGUUUGUUGUAUUUUAAAAGGGAUCAAAUUUUUUAAUUUUUUUUUUAAUCAUCACCAUCUUAAUGGACAUCAUAUCAUCAGCAUUAUUUAAUUACUGGUUUCAUCAGUUCAUUGGUGGAAGUGGAUGUUAAAUAAAGCUAUAUCAAACACAGGGCUCAUCAUAAACUCUAGCAGUAAUUGGUAAAACUCAGUUUGAUCCAUGGCUCUUGUUUCAGUCAUAUCUGCCAGUCUUUACUGACCAGGCAGUGAAAUUGACCAACUGUAGAACUUAUCUGUCAGUCAUUUUAGCAUUAGAAUUUCAAAGAAAUUUAACCAUAAAGGAGCUAAAUCUCUAUUCUUUGUCACCUAGAAAUGGACACAAAUGUGUAUAAUAAUGUAUUAUGAAUGUAUAUAAAUUGAUUUACAUUCAAUAUUACUGUGAUUUCUAAUCAGUUAUGUUCGGCAAAAUAUGCAAAGAGUCCCAAUUAAAUGGCAGUCUUUGGCGACUGGUUAUUCCAGUCUACACCGGUAGUAUUCUGUGGGGUAUGUUUAGCCUUGUUCAUCAAGUCGCUUAAUUACAAAUGGCACUCUAAAGCAUUCUGGCAUGCGAUUUGUGUGCCAAUUUUAAAAUGUUCAUUUUGUCUUAAAUAUUGGAUAUCAGAAGCCCAUCUUUACAUGUUAAGAUAACAACACCAAUGUUGAUUUAAAUUGACAAUAAGUCGUGUUUGCAAUGUCGAAGACUGUGGAUGAUAUUUGAUAUUUCAGAAGCCCAUCUUUUCAUGGUAAAUAAAACAACAAUGUUGAUUUAAAUUGACCAAUAAGUCGUGUUUUCAAUGUCGAAGACUGUGAAUGAUAUCGAGUUAGCGACUUGCCUCCUCUAAAACACUUGAAAAUAUAUUUAAUAAAUGGAAUAAUACUAAAAGUUAUCAUAUUCUUUGGAAAAAAAAUAUCCUACUUAUCCACAGUAAACAAAAUUUGUAAAUAAAGAGCUUGCUGAAAUCCCUGGUAUCAUUUCUUUUGGACCUUGCUCCCUGCUUCUAAAAUGGUAAUAUAUUUCAUUUUUUUGAAGAUAUAAGGUGUACAUUUUAUUGUUAAUUGUUAUACUAAUUUGGUGUUAGCAUUAUAAUUUUGUAUUUAUUAUUUAAGAUGAUGUUGGAUUUUAUUGUUCAAAUAAUAUUAUUUGUUUCUAUGCUUGAUUAUGUAUGUUGUGAGAAAUUAGCUAAAAUUUAGGCCAAGUCAGUUUGAUUUUUAGUUCUUCAGCAUAGACGUAGGAGCUCAAAGUAAUUCAGGGGGGCAUAAGAGAAAAUUGCCCGAAAUCAAUACCUUUUUUCGGGCAUACCUAUCAUAAGAGAGCUUCGGGCAUAUUUUCGGGCAUGCAGUGGACAAGAAAAAGACGAGAAAAUACUUUUCGGGCAGUGUGGAUCUCAUAGAAAUAAGUUAGUUAUAUUUUUUCUCUAAACGUUAAUAGAAAAAUAAGGUCGUCGAAUUUUUCAUUGCCCGAAAAUAAAUUUUGGGGGGGGGGCAAAUGCUCCCGCACAAUUUUAUAAACAUGAAGCACUGGUUCUUUAGGAUCUUGAUGAUUUGGGAGGUUGGAUGGCCGAAUGAUUAACGCAUGCGCGUUGGAUCAGAAGGUCUGUCAUUGAGUCAAGUGGCGUGGUUUUGAUUGUCCACUUGUACGUUAUGAGGAGUAGGGUUGCGUGUCCAACCUCAUGCUGUUUUCUCCCGAUCCCCCCGUUUCCUCUCACUGCUAAAAGACCCCUACUCACAAACGAAUUACAUGUAUUGAAAUGACCUAGUUUGUGUGGAGUGGAGUUAAACACACCUCUCUCUCUCUCUCUCUCUCUCUCCAAAAAGAAUAACACACAAAAUUUUUACUGGAUUUUUUUGAAGAACACAAAUUAAAAUUGAUUUGGCCUAAGAUAAUAUUUGUUGUAACAUAUUUAGUAGGACCGUAUUUAGCAUAGGUUAUAUAGUUUAUAAAAUUAUAAAAUUAUAGAUUUACAAAUAAAUAGGCAUUACUUUUCUAACCCUUUGAAUUCAAAGCUUCUGAAUUUUAAAUAUCCAUGAUCCAGGAGAAUCAGGAACACUCCACUUGUUAACCCCGUUAAAGGAAUGCAAACUUAUCAACCCUAUGUCCCGAAGCUAAUAACGACUUAUGGUGAACUAAUUCUGACCUUUGUUCACUCCAAAAAUGUCCUAACACAUAAGAUUUUUGAACAGCAACUCAUGUUCUAAGAGUAAUGCUUAAUUUGAAUAAGUUCAAUAUGUAAGAUCCAUUCUCAUUGGUCAGUCUCUUCCUCUUAUUUCAAACUCUGAAGCUUGCACAGCUCGCGAUCGAGGGAUCAGUGCCAGGCAGGCAUACAAUGGGAGCUCGGUUCAGCCACAAAUUAGCCGUCGCAAGGAAUUACCACCUGACCGUCUCUCCCCAAUAUAUCUCUUGACCUCCGAGACCGCCAUUUGUCCCGUGCUCUCAAGACAGCCACAAAUACAAAACCACAUCAUAUUGGUCAAUGUGCAUGUGCUAACAAUGCCAAUUACUGGACAACGUUAUAUUGAGAAAAAAAUGGAUUGAAGGGUUAGCUGAUCUAGCGAAAUCAAUAUAUACAUACUGUAUGCUACCAAAUUGUUAUGCAAAUUUGUAAAUACAUGUAUUUUAGAUUUUGUACAUUUCUAUGAAUGGUACUAAUUAGGUAUUAAGUAAUAGAUUUAGAGUUAAAAAAAGCUUUAAUAUUGAUAGUUGUUUCAUCACAAUGGGAUCAUGUGAUAUGAAAUUAUACAAACUGUGUCGAGCCAGGGGAAGGCCAACCUGUUACAUUGUGUGUGCCAAACACUAUCGCUGAGACUUCAAAAGAUUAAUUUAAGAAAAAAUGUUUACAUACAUAGAAAUGAAAUGAAAUACGGUUUAGCAUGUACUAUGAGGGAAAUUAUGCCUGGAUCGCGGAACAACGGCUUCAAACUCCAGCUGUCAAGAGUUCUUUUACCUCUGUGCCAAACCUUGGUUUAUCGAAUAGACACGGAUCCUUGCCAGGUCCUCCAUCAUAUACAUCUGUCAAGUGGAAUUCACAUUGGAAAAUCCUGAGGAACUUACUCAAAAUCAGCUCCUUCUGAUUGGUGGGCCAGCACCUUGGCACCUUACAGAGAUAGAAACAUUCAUUUACCUUAAUUUUAACAUAUGUGUCUCACUGGUCUUAUUUAUAUUAGAUCAUGAGGACCAAUGUGGUACCCCUUCUUGAUUAGUCCGGGGGUCAUGAUGGCUAAAUGGGUAAGACGCUGGCUCGCUAGCCUGGAGGUCGGGUGUUCGAUUCCUGCAUUGGCUGAGAAAGUUCAUUCAGAUUUUCCGGCGUUGUGCCCCCUUGUCAGUGAUGCAGGACAGAGGGCCUGACAAGGACAGCUGUCAGUCGUUCAGAUGGGACGAAAAACAGAGGUCCCUUGUACAAAUUGGCGUGGGUGUAAAAGAUCCCUUGACAGUUGGAAUUCAAUAUAAGAGUAGGCCGUAGUGCCGCUGUUCGGGGAAAAUUUCCCUCAUAGCACACUGUAUUGGAUAUGCCCGUCUUCAUUAGCCCAGUUCGGAGCAGAACAGUAGGAUGUUAAACCCCAUUUCAUUUCAUUUCUUGAUUAGUCCAGUCGGUGCAAAAAACCCAAAGGACAUUGAACUCAAUUUCAUUCGAAUGGCUACUUGUGAUAUAGGUUGGCCACCCCUGGUCUUGUGUGUACAAUAAGUGAUGGUCAGAUUUGUAAUUUCACUGCACCCUUAAAGUAAUAUGAAUGCUUACAUGUCAAUGUCCUUACCCAAGAAUCAUAGAAAUUUGCUUUCUCAUAAGAAUAUAUUAUGGUGAAACUUAAGGGAGAAACCUCUUUGAUUUAAGUCAAACUAAAAUAUUGAAAUUGUUUUAAUUUGAAGAAUUAUUUUUAUUAAUGAAGGGACAAAAUUAUAUAAUUAGUUAUACAUGUAUCUUUUAUUUUUUGUCGUAUAAACGAAGACACGUUUUUUAGGAAUAUUACUGACAGCUUUGAUUUCCUAUCGUAUGAACGAAAACAUAUAUUUUUUUAGGAAUAUUACUGACAUGACUUAGAAUCCUGUAUGGAAUAUUAUCCUAUAAACGAAUCCUGUAUGGAAUAUUAUCCUAUAAACGAAAACACAUAUUUUUUAGGAAUAUUACUGACAUGAAUUAGAAUCCUCUACAGGAAUUUAAUAUGUUAAAUAGCAAAAUGCACCUGUUUUUUGUACUAUUAUUCAGGACACGAUAUGCUACAUAACAUAAAAAAUAUUUGUAAUUUGUUGUUAAAGUCUAUUAAAGGGAAUGGAAGCUUAUUGACUCUUUUUCCUAAAAUUGACAACUUCUGUUGACCUGAUUCUGCCCUCUUUAUUUAACCUCAACUAAAAAUGUCUGAGGAGCAAAAUUUUGAAAUGACACCCCCCUGAUGUCAACACUAGAUGGAGGUAAAAGUUUCAGUUAAGUCAACAGCAAAAAAAUCAGUGAAAUCAAAAAAUUUUGACCCAAAUCAAAGAGAUCUUUUCAUUUUAAGUUUUAUCAGGAGAGCCUAAUGCAUACAAUACUAACCCAAACUUAGAAUUAUAUAAUUCAUCCCAUCUGUGUUAUUUUGUAUGGUAAAUCUAUGCAUAUCAUAAGCAAAAGCUCAAUUCUAAUUGGCUUUAAUUUCUUUAUGCAUGUAUAAAUAAUCUAAUAUCAUUCAGAUAUUUUGAAAAGUUAUCGUUUUUUUUUUCUCUUUCAUUAAUUGAAUUUUGUGUACAUCUUUCAUAUAACCAAUAAACGAAUGUCGCAAGUCAAAUCUAUGGAUAUGGAAUAAAAUGUGUAACGGAAAACUA